GCUAAAAAGAUCCAUAUAUCUCCUACCCUUGAAUGUAUCCAUACUCACAAUUUCACCAUUUCACCAUUCCCAAUUUCAAUUCAAAAAAUGUUGCGAAAAUUCGGAAAGAAAGUAACCCGCAUUUGGUCCCGGAUACGACUCCGAGCAAUCAUAUGGAGGACCGCAACCCGUAAAGUGUUGAUUAGAAGAUUCAAGAAUCAAAACCUGACCCGUAUGCCAACUCGUAUCCGUGCCCAAAAGAUCAAUCAAACCGCACCCGAUUGCAUUCGGGUUGCAUCUUUUAACGUAGCUAUGUUCUCCCUCGCGCCUGCGGUUCCAAAAUCAGAUGGAUCAUGGGUCGAUGGUAUCCGGGGACAAGAAGUUGGUGGACCAAAAAGCAUUCUAAAGCAAUCCCCAAUGCAUACAAUCGGGACCGAAAAUCAUGCCAAGAGGGUCUCGAUAAAUCUUCCCGACAAUGAGAUCUCCAUGUCCCAAAAUCGGGUCUUGAGAAGCCCGAUUUGCUUCCCGUUGACUGGGUUGAUGGAUGAUGGAAAUAGAAGUAUUCUUGAUGUGCUUAAAGACGUUGAUGCUGAUGUACUAGCUUUGCAGGAUGUGAAGGCUGAAGAAGAGAAAGAAAUGAAACCUUUAUCGGAUUUGGCUUUUGCUCUCGGGAUGAAUUAUGUGUUCGCGGAAAGUUGGGCUCCGGAAUAUGGGAAUGCCAUCUUGUCAAAAUGGCCGAUCAAGAGGUCCAAGGUUCAAAAAAUUUACGACGACCAAGAUUUCAGGAAUGUGCUUAAGGCUACAAUUGAUGUACCACGGACGGGGGAACUCAGCUUCUAUUGCACACAACUCGAUCACCUUGACGAAAACUGGAGAAUGAAACAGAUCCACGCCAUCAUAAAAUCAAGCGAUCAUCCUCACAUUCUGGCUGGUGGUAUCAAUUCGCUAAGCGGAUCUGACUACUCCUUUGAUCGAUGGAAUAACAUCGUCAAGUAUUACGAAGAGUUGGGGAAACCGACGCCAAGAACAGAUGUGAUGAGGUUUUUAAAUGAGAAAGAUUACAUUGAUGCGAAACAUUUUGCGGGUGAUUGUGAGCCGGUUGUGAUUAUGAGCAAAGGCCAAAGUGUACAAGGAACAUGCAAGUAUGGUACACGUGUGGAUUACAUUUUAGCAUCAAAGGGAUUACCAUUCGAUUUUGUGCCAGGAUCUUACUCAGUUGUAUCCUCAAAAGGCACAUCCGACCAUCAUAUUGUUAAAGUCGAUCUAGUGAAAUUCAAGGAGGAUAGUAAUUGUAACGAGGAAAAACAAAAAUAUAAAAUUAAACGAAAUAUUGUCAAAUUAACA